UCGUGCGACACACUAUUGACUGUGUGUUUAAGUGUAAAUUCUUGGAAAAAUCAAGGCACACCGAGCUUCAGCUUUAAAGUUUGUAAAAUCAUUUUGUUUUCGGUAUAAAUUUGACGCUAAAUUUCAUAAAUAAUGUCCACGAUGUAUUACGCAUAUGUUAAGUUGAUAAGCCCUUGUGAGGAAGGCCCCUGAGGUGCGCCUGACAAGUGGUUUCUAUACUUUAAACAACCGGACAUUUGUACAACUUACACGAUGGCUGAAAAUCAAGGAAACUCCUCAAAUCAGAUCAAUCAAGAAAAGUUUAGACAAAUGCGGUAUCAAUGGAGAUCAUCUAGUCCAUCAGGAUCUUCCAGAUCAUUUAAUUUUCAACGGAUGGAUUUUCGAGCGAACAAUGACGUUCAAAACGACAUGUCUGAAAAAAGAAGACAAUUGAAGCUUAGCUUUCAAACACAAGGAGGCAGUAAGUCAUUCUCUAAUUCAACCAGUUCUACACUCUCAAAUUCAGCAGCUCCUUCAGUGUGCCCACCCUUAUCACGUCCUAGCUUACCACUAACUCUACCAAAACUUCCUGCAAGGCCCAGACAACAACAAGAAUUUCUUCCCGAUAAAGCGAGGGAAAAAUUAAGAAUGUGUCAAUCAAUGCAGAGUACUGGGAAAUUGCAAUUAUCUCCAGACACUAUAUACGAUUUUACCAGUGAAGAUCUUCAGGAUUUGGGAGAAAUAGGAAGAGGGGGAUUUGGUACUGUAAAUAAGAUGAUACAUAGGAUAAGCGAUACCGUUAUGGCUGUGAAGAGAAUUCGUUCGACGGUCGAUGAGAAGGAGCAAAAGCAGUUAUUAAUGGAUCUCGAAGUUGUCAUGAAAUCUAAUGACUGUCCUUGCAUUGUGCAAUUUUACGGGGCUCUGUUUAAAGAGGGCGACUGUUGGAUUUGCAUGGAGCUAAUGGACACUUCUCUUGAUAAAUUUUACAAAUUCAUUUAUGAGAGGUUGAACGAUAGGAUACCAGAGAGUAUCCUGGGAAAAAUCACUGUUGCUACUGUGAAGGCGUUGAAUUACCUUAAGGAGAAAUUGAGGAUCAUUCAUCGGGAUGUCAAACCUAGCAAUAUUUUGCUAGAUCGUCGUGGAAAUAUUAAGCUCUGUGACUUUGGCAUUUCUGGACAAUUAGUAGAUUCCAUCGCUCGGACCAGAGACGCAGGUUGCAGACCUUACAUGGCUCCCGAGCGAAUAGAUCCUCAAAGAGCACGUGGUUACGACGUUAGGAGCGAUGUCUGGUCCCUAGGAAUCACUUUGAUGGAAGUUGCCACUGGAUAUUUUCCUUAUCCAAAAUGGAACUCAGUUUUUGAGCAACUCUAUCAAGUGGUUCAAGGCGAUCCACCAAGAUUAACACCAAACGAAAAUGGAAAUCAUUUCACUAUGGAUUUUGUUAACUUCGUAAACACCUGCUUAAUUAAAGAGGAAACUCAACGUCCAAAGUACAAUAAGCUUUUGGAGCAUCCGUUUAUAAGAAAAUCAGAAGAAGCAUCAAUUGAUGUAGCUGCUUACAUAGGCAGCGUUCUGGACAAUAUGGCUAAUAAUGGCGUUACACCAUUUACCACUAAUCAGCCUUAAAAAUUUUGAAUAUGGAAUGGAAAGAAAGAGAAGAGAGAUAUAACGAAAAGAAGAGAUUUUCUUUGCUUCGAACCUGCAUUUGUCACACCCCCACCGCUGAUGUUACACGUAGGGGAGCAAGCUGCUUCGUUGUAGAAUAGAUAGUCGGCGCGGCGACGAGGUAAUGUGUAGAACUGUAUCUUCGUGUCGUACAAAACUCGUAAUUAUAGCGAGUAGGGGGGUUGUUAAUCAUGAUAUAUAAUUAGAAAGGAAGUGGAAAAUUCAUUUCUAGAAUACUUUCCUACCAAGAUCACUAAAGAGCACAUAAUUGUGUAAACCUCUUUUCUAUCUAUCUUUCUUUCUUUUUUUCUUUCUUUCUUUCUUUCUUUCUUUCUUUCACCUUCGAGGUAAACGGUAGUAAUAAUCAAACCAAUUCGGCAAAAUUGCCAUAAACCUUAUAAACUUGUAAUGUUUUUGUAUAGAUCAUACAAUUUUAAAAUAUAGUUCGUUCUGUCAAUUUAUAGAUCAAGCUUACACCAAGUUUUAUGCAGAAGAAAAUAAAUAUUUUAAUUCAUCUUGAUUUUUGCGUCAUUUCUCACAUUUUGUGUCUAUUAAAGGACUAAAUAUGCAAAGCAUUUCUUAUAUUCGUAAUUAUAAUUAAGUAUUUAUAAUCUUGCAGUUUUACGACAUUUGAUUCCGUGCUUUGGAGGUGAAAUUAAUUUAAACAUAAUUGCAUUGCAAAAAUAUUUGAUUUUCGGAGAAAUUUUUAGAAAUUUGUCGACCUUGAUUGCUCUUGUAUGAAUUAAAAUUGCGAGACAGUUCUUGGUCAUCCUUUUAUCUAGACAAUAGAGCGUUGACUUACUGAAACCUGCGGGUUGACGUUCAAGUAUAGUGAACGCAAAUAAAAGAACGAAUAAAAGAAAAUUGAAAAAAAGGAAAAUGUGACUGUUCUUAGAUUAUUGUGUAUAUCAUAUCAAUAAACACAAUAGAAUAAGAUUGUAA